AUGGGGGCGCGGCAGGAGUGCCUUUACGUUCAGCUCUUCCACGUAGGAACCAGGAAGUACACCUCUCCAGGUUCAGAUCUUAACCCUAGUGGUGUUCCACCCCUCUGUGUGUCUCCAGCCGUGCAGUGCUCAGUCUUGUCUGCCCCCCCUCACGGCUCCCUGUCCUGCUCCAACCCCCAUGGAGAGUUUAGCUUCUCCUCUCGCUGCGCUCUCACCUGCGAUGAAGGCUUCCUGCCCAACGGGACGGCCCACACAGAGUGCUCCUCCCUGGGGUCCUGGAGCCAGGAGGUCCCUCAGUGCCUGGCCGUGCAGUGCUCAGUCUUGUCUGCCCCCCCUCACGGCUCCCUGUCCUGCUCCAACCCCCAUGGAGAGUUUAGCUUCUCCUCUCGCUGCGCUCUCACCUGUGAUGAAGGCUUCCUGCCCAACGGGACGGCCCACACAGAGUGCUCCUCCCUGGGGUCCUGGAGCCAGGAGGUCCCUCAGUGCCUGGCCGUGCAGUGCUCAGUCUUGUCUGCCCCCCCUCACGGCUCCCUGUCCUGCUCCAACCCCCAUGGAGAGUUUAGCUUCUCCUCUCGCUGCGCUCUCACCUGUGAUGAAGGCUUCCUGCCCAACGGGACGGCCCACACAGAGUGCUCCUCCCUGGGGUCCUGGAGCCAGGAGGUCCCUCAGUGCCUGGCUCGCUCCUGCCCCCUGCUUGUGACCGCACCGCACCACGGCUGGACGAUCUGCAGCCAUCCUCACUCGUCCUUCAGCUACGGCUCCCACUGUGACCUUGGGUGCAGCGAGGGCUUCCGGCUCAGCGGAACACGCAGUAUAAACUGCAACGCAUCCGGCGACUGGAGCGGCGUGAUGGCAACGUGCAAGGUGGUCCAGUGUGAGGCUAGCUGGCUGGCUGGCCUCACCGCCGCGCCCCUCUCCCUCAACUGCUCCCACCCCCGGGGAAACUUCAGUUUCGGCUCCCGUUGUCGCUUCGCCUGUGCGGGGGGCUACUCCCUGAACGGCACUGAGGAGCUGCUCUGCUCCUCCUCCGGGCGCUGGAGCGCCGCUUUACCAACGUGUGCUGAGGUGGGUACGCCCCUGUGGUCGGCCGUCCUGAUGUACUCUGGAGCGGGGGCCGCCUCCCUCGCGGUGCUGCUCUUCGCGGUCGGCGUCGGCCUGCUGGUCGCCAAGCGCUUCAAGAAGAAAGGUAUAAUGGAUGGAGACAAUUCAUUCUGGGAAGAGAGAGAAAAUCCGGAUUUUAGAUCUUGAAUCUUCCUCAGUUCGGAAAACGACACAAAAACUCAGGUCGAUGUGUGGCGUUAUUAUGAAGAACACUGUUCUCGUUUGUUCAAUAGUUUGUUGUGGCCAUUUUUUGAUACAAACGACAGGAUAGCCUGAUAUUUUUGCAGAUUAUUUCCGGUUCUGCAUUUCUUUUGGCAGAUUAUCCGGUGGUGUGGGGUAUGUUAAAAUUGGAUUUUACUUCCCUAAACCUAUUAAACGUUUUAAACGAUUCAAUAUAGUAAAUAGUCAAAGGGCAGCUGAGUCGCAGUAUGAGGAUGGUCAUGUGGAAAACACGAUAGCCAAUUAAUAGGCAGGCCGACCAUUCUACCAAACCAAAGCCCUGGAGGAAAAAGUGAAUGUGAUGGAUUUGCCAAAUAGAGGGAUCCAACUCAUGCUGUUAUAUGAACAGUCCGUUUUCAUGCCAACUCCAUGACCUCUUUCAUAGUUCUUUAGGAUGUCCCCAAUGUUUUUUCCGCUUAAGAAUUGUUAUGAUACCGAGAUUGCAAUUGCGAUUCGCGAAUAAUGACUUGGUUGUUAGUAAUGGAAUUAGUGUGGAGUACUCUGUUGGCAAAAUCGAUUUUUCCUCUCACAAACUAAAAUACCUAAACCGUUAAAUGUGUCUAGGUGUGUGGUCUCUCCGAUGUUUCUUACAUUUGAAAAAAGGCCAAUGUGCCAUUCAUUUAGUUAUAUUUUCUAUUCUGCUGAGCUUUUUCUUUGUUUAGAUUGUACACGUUCAAUAAAGUGUCUACCACACACAGCA